AUGGGCGACUGCCAAAGUACGCAGGCGGUUGAAAAUGAUGAAGUUGUUUGGGGCAGAGUUGAAAGUGAUACUGAGCCGGAUGGAGACUUUGAUACAAAUGCUCGCCUUUGCAAAUAUGCUUGUGGCAAGCCGGUACAGCCUGGUGAAACCAAAAGAGGGAACAAAUUCGACACAUGUUGCAGGACCUGUGCCAUGAACAAGGGAAUUGGAAUUCAUGAUCCAACCUGUGGUGGCGCUGCACCUGCGCCAACCAGCUCUCGCAAGGCAUGCACAAAAGGAGCCAAGUGCAGGGACCGCUCUGAUGCGCAUCUGAAGGAUGUAGCUCACCCUUUAGACGAGGACUAUGCCAUUGCCUGCUCAAUGACGAAGGACGUUCAGCCUGAUCCAUUAACAUUGAGGACAAUUUUUGAUUGGAGCGAUGCAGAUGGAUCGGGGAAGUUGUCAAGGAAGGAACUUGAGCAGUCUCUGGCCAUGAUCAAGAGGGCUUGUGGCGAUGUACUGGGAAGUAUCACUGAUGAGGCCUGGAACCACUUGGAUGAGGAUGGCAAUGGAGUGGUGAACUUUGGCGAGUUUGCAUCAUGGGCCGGGCCGCGACUUGGCUUGGAACUGGGCGUCGCCAAAAUGCUGGGCAAGUCCGCCAGCCUCAUGAUGGCAUCAUCACCUUGCAGUGUAAUAGGUUGUCCGUGUGAAGCCUAUGGUGGCAAAGACGAGGACGACCAUGGCAAGAAAUGCAAGGAGUGCAAGCACAAGAGAGGCCUGCACGUGGCGAAAGCAACAACUGGAGAAGUUCCGUUUCCGCCGUAUUGGAGUCACCAUGAUGGUGAUUUCAAUGAGCUGAUUUCGCUGCCAGGGAAGACAGCAGUGGAAGAAUUUCAGAAACUGCUAGACAAGACAUACAGGAAAGCCUACACGAAAGACCGGGCCAAGCACAACCCGACCAAUCCCAAGGUUCCACAAGGCUUCGAAGUACUUGCAGUUAAACGGAAUGAGAACAAGAACACCUGGCAGGAAUACGCUUUCCGGCGCGGGGAUAUAAUGUCACGACCGGACCGCCCAGAAAUCUUUGCCGAUGUGAAAACAAGCUUGGCAAUGGAUGAAAUUGGAGGAGAUAAGGCAAAUCGACUUCUCUCUGAUUGCAAUGAAUGGUACUUGUUUCAUGGUACCAAUCCUGAAGCAGCAGCUGCCAUUUGUGCAUCUGACUUCAAAGUGAGUCGAGCUGGCUCCAGCACGGGUACUCUGUAUGGAAAAGGACUUUACUUUGCAGAGUCCAUCACGAAGGCUGAUGAGUAUGCCAAGCCUAAUGCGGAGGGCCGAUACGCGGUCCUUCUGUGCCGUGUGAUUGGUGGCCGCGUGAACUACACUGACGAGGUUACUCCAGAUCCAGAAGUCUGUGACUUGGCCCCAGAACCAGAUGCAUUGCCGCCAGCCUUGGACGAAGAAGGAGAAGAAAGCAAGGGUGCUCCUGAAGAAGAAGCUCUGGUGCAGGAGGAAGUUACACCUGCAGCAGAGGUGACAUCUUUGCCAGAGGAGGACAAGGUGCCUCAACACUCGGCUUUGUUAGGUGUCUAUCAAGAACUUUGCAGGAUGGGGUUGCAUUCACCUGGUGCCAUCAGGCUUGCACCUGCACACGUUCGAGAUGUCGUCGUGAAGCUCUACCAGUCGCUAGUAGAACGUCCUCCCCCAGCGCCUUUUCAUCGUGAGAGAAGGGUUCACUUGAAGGAGCCCAACUGCAAGAAUCCUGCUUGGCGACAUCUUCUUGAUGGUUCAAGACGAAAGACUCCUCGAGUGGUGAUUGAUGUCACCACUGGCAUGGGUGGUGGGCCGGAACUCGAUUUGCUCGAAAUUCGUCUAUGGGAGAUCAAUGCUUCUCUUAGCCAUCUACCAGAGCCGCCACCAGUGAAGGAUGUGUACGUUGUCUCAGAAUCUGCAUAUGGACUACGAGGAGACAAGAAGCCUUUGCACUUUUCGAGGCAAAAAGAGCGAUUCAAGGAUUUCCUUCCACAAAUCGAGCACGUUUUGCUUGACAACUGCUCAAAAUACUUCCGAGAGGUUGAAAAGAUGCGGAAUGUGACUUCCAAAUCGAAGAAGAGAGGUGGUACGAUGUUCUCAGCGGAGGGCAUCCAACGAGCGUGCGUUUUACAGACGCUGAUCCGGAGGAGACCAGAUCUUCCGGAUGAUGCUCUUGUGAUUUUCUCGGACUUGGAUGAGGUGCCAAGCGCCGCAGCAAUCCAGAUGCUAAGGGUUUGCACCACCAACAGUGCAGCGAAGGAAGGACCUUGGGUUCAGGCCAACUAUCCCAUGCCUUACAACCUUCGUGUUGGAUGCAAAGAUAGACCAAAGUCCCAGUUGCACAUGCAAGGGGCCUUCGCAACAAUGGGCUUCCUUCGCCGGAAGAAGACCUUGGCUUUGCGGUACAACAUCAGACACAACCUCAUUGUGCCAAGUGCUGGCAUCCAUUUGACUUACACAGGCUCUAGAGCGGAUGUAGACUACAAGCUUUUGCAUCAUGGUGAGAGCGGACAGAUUCUGGCAACAAAAGCCACUGCCCAUGGCAAGAGGCUAGACUUUUGCAAGAUAGAUGAUGAAACCGUUUUCCAAAUGGAGCAGCUUCUUCGUGACAAUCCGGUCUCAGUUGCUCGAGCUUGGGAGCGCAAAUCGUCGAUCCUCCACAAGGAGCCGCAGGGCGAUUUGCGCAAAUGCCAAGUGCCUUGGGCGCUUCUGACUCAUCCGGAGCGGUACCCACACUUUUGGGGCAAGGCUUCUGGAGCGCCGCAUGAAAACGUCACAUGCUAG